UAGAGCCAAAACAAAUACAAACAAUACAGACGACGGGGGCCAAAAUUUUUUGCUCUUGGCCCAACUUAUCAAAAUUCCGAAACCAGAUAAAGAUAAAUAACAUUACAGCCAACAGGGUCACACCAAUAACUGGUGGUCAGAGUGACCAAAGUAGGCAGCAAAAUAAGCAAAAAUAAACAAACAAUACAGACAGGAAAAUAAUCAGCGCGUGCCUGGGAACGGUUUUUUCGCCGCAGGACACCGAACAACGGACGACCAGAACCACGGACGCAUUGCAUUGUGUGAUUUGAGUAAGAGUGAGAUAUGGCCGCGGCCACCAACAACGAUUCCACCAACUCCGGCGUGGAAACGGCCAAGGAGGAGGUGGAGAUGUCAAUGCCGCCGUCGCCCAUGUCGAUGGCCAUGGUCUUGGCCAGAUCGACGCCAAUGCCCAUGCCCACAACCAGCGCGUCAAAGGGCAUUAUGAUAACGCCGCCGCCGCCGGCGAUGCCGCCCACGCCCACCUCGUCGCCAAACACGCACGGCGAAUGGCCGCACAUGAACAUCAACCUCAACCUGAACCUUAACCUGAACAUGACUUCCAAUCCCAGCGCGAAUUCGUCAUUCCAGCUAAGCAGAGACCGGGGCGAGCACUUUGCCCUGCCGCAUCUGCCGCCCCUGCCGCUGAAUCCCAAUGCCCCCAAUGCCGAGUAUCUGCCCAGUCUGAUCCAUCCGAGCACUCUGCCGUCGGGCAGCAAGAGCUUCAAGAUGCGGCCACGGAUGCAGCGGCUGAAGCACUCCUACAGCUACAGCAACAUACUUGUCCAGUCCAAUGGCCGCAAACUGCGCACCGCCGCCUCCACCUGCAACAUCGAGCUGCUCAACCGCAUCCUGGAGAGCGGCGCCAAUCCAAAUGCCGCCGAUGAGUACAAUCGCAGUCCCCUGCAUCUGGCCGCCUGCCGUGGCUACGUAUCCAUUGUCCAGCAGCUUCUGAAGUACGGCGCCAAUCCUAAUGUGGUCGACUCACUGGGGAACACGCCACUGCAUCUGGCCGUCAUCUCGGCCAGUUCCAAUAACUUUAACAUUGUGGUAGGCGUUCUGCUGCAGGGCGGUGCCAGUGUCCACAUGUACGACCGCAGCAAUAAGUCGCCGCUGGAGUUGGCUGAGGCCAAGUUAAGGCUGCUGCGCAAUCGCUACGAUCAUCCCACGCCGGAAACAGCCAAGAUCCUGGAGGACAUGUGCAUGCUGACCACGCUGAUAUUGCGCUACAUGGUGAAGCAGCAGCGCGAGCUGGAGGACCUCUCGGCGCUGGAGAAGCGCCUGCAGAACCUGAGCACCAGCGACGAUCAGGAGCAGGUCGUAUCCCAGACCGCAGACGAGCUGCUCGCCAGCGUCGAGCGGCUGUCUAUCAACAACAAGUAGACGAAAGACGCGCUCUGGACGCCAGGGAAACCCAUCCGCAGGCGGGCCCAAAUAGCGUUCGAUGAGUUGAGAAAAAAUUUGUUUAUCGUUUCCUAAUUUGGCUGCCGUUGAGCUGGAGUUGGCAUCGUGACAAGCAGUUGGAGGAGCACGCGGUCCUGAUUCUGAUCCUGACCCCACCAGGCUGCCAAAUACGACCAACGCUCUCACACACACAAGCACACACACCCACACAAACAAAAGAAAAUACAUUGUUUCAUGCGAUCUUUUAUUAAGUAUUUCAUUUAAGGUUAAUUGUUUACGAAAACAAUCAACAUGAUUAAAUUUUAAGCUUUACGUUUAGCGCGCCAAAAAAAAAAAAAAAAAAAAAAAAAAAAUUAAGUUAUGUAAUAAUGAUGCAAUCGCAACUCAAGAGGACACCUAAAAAACUGCUACAUUACAUUUAACUAAUUGACUACAUUACAUGGAAAUCGUUAAGUGUCUAUUGUAUACUAUAAAAAGAAAUCAUAUGCGUGUAAACACUCUCUGAACAAUAAACAAAAAACCAAA